AUGGCCAACUUCUUCGGACCAAGUCCUCCACCAAUUCCCUAUGGCGCGAGAUCGCAUGCCAGUGCAAACCGAAGGCCAUCUCGGCCCUCACUAGAUGCCAGUCUUGCGAACCUCACUCGUAAGAAUGCCGUAUACUACCCUAACUACCGCGUCUAUCGUGGCGAGACACCCGAUACCUUGAACUACCACUGCAUCAGCCAUGUCUUCUAUGCCUUCGCCCACGUCGCUCGCGAUGGUGGCGUGUUUCUGAGUGAUGAGUGGGCCGAUGCUCAGAUGCCCGUCGAUGGAGCGACUGGGUGCCUGGGAUCUUUCGUGAGGUUGAAAGCCCAACAUGGCUAUCUCAAACUGAUACUGUCAAUCGGUGGUGGAGCGGCAAGCCAACACUUUCCGACGGUGGCAUCCAGUGCCGCAACAAGAGACAAUUUUGGAAAAUCUGCCAAAGGUCUCAUAGAAGCAUGCGGUUUUGAUGGGAUCGACAUCGAUUGGGAACAUCCCUCCGAUCCUCAGCAAGGUGCUGACUUUCUCGCACUACUCGCUGCUAUCCGUUUGCAUCUCCCAAGCGAACGCUACCUCCUCACAGCAGCGCUGCCAGCUGGAGCGUGGGCGCUGCAGAAUAUCGACCUUUGCAAAGCACAGCACUACCUCGACUUGGUCAAUUUGAUGGCAUACGAUUUUGCAGGCUCGUGGUCCCCAACUGCUGGACAUCAUGCCCAGCUCUUUCCAGGAAAUGCUGGUGAGCCAUCAGGAUCUGCAGCGGUCGAUUACGUGAUCUCCACUGGCUUCCCCGCCAGGAAGAUUUUACUUGGUGUCCCGGUAUACGGGAGAUCGUUCAUCGGAGCCCACGGUCCUGGUCAACCGUACAGUGGAUGUGGUGGCGAGGAAGCAACCUUUGACUAUAAAAAGCUUCCAAGAAACAACUCCGAAGAAAUAGUGAAUACGCGAGUUGUGGCUGCGUUCUGCACGGGUGGCGAUGGAGGCUUUGUUUCCUACGACAAUCCUGACACGGUGAAGAUGAAAGCGAAUUACGCACUGGAAAAGGGACUUGGAGGCUUAUUUUACUGGACCGGCACGGGAGAUGCGGCUCCUGGAUCUCGAAGCCUCAUAUCAGCCGGGUUCAAAGCGCUACACGGAGGCUAG